AGGUGCCGCUCAUAUUUACUUCUGUAUUUGUAAGCCAAACUUCUAGUCUUGUCCCUGGAGUCCGGCCCCUGCUCAUGACUGGAGAGCAGGCGACAGGAAACCCGCUCAGCAGCCGCUUCUGAACGCCCAUGCCCGCGAUGCUGCUGCUGUUGGUGUCGGUGGUCGCAGCGUUAGCACUCGCAGCACCGGCCCCCAGAAUACAGAAGAAAAGGAUGCAAGUGAACCAGGCGCCUAAUGUGGUGCUGGUCGCCAGUGACUCCUUCGAUGGAAGACUAACAUUUCAAGCAGGAAGUCAGGUAGUAAAACUUCCCUUCAUUAACUUCAUGAGAGCACACGGCACCACCUUCCUAAAUGCCUACACUAAUUCACCCAUCUGCUGUCCAUCACGUGCAGCAAUGUGGAGUGGCCUCUUCACUCACUUGACAGAAUCUUGGAAUAAUUUUAAGGGUCUGGAUCCAAAUUAUACGACAUGGAUGGACAUCAUGGAGAAGCAUGGCUAUCAGACACAGAAAUUUGGGAAAGUGGACUAUACUUCAGGACAUCAUUCCAUUAGUAACCGUGUGGAAGCAUGGACAAGAGAUGUUGCAUUCUUGCUCCGACAAGAAGGCAGACCCAUAACUAAUCUUAUCCCUGAUAAGAAUAGAAGGAGAGUGAUGACCAAGGACUGGCAGAAUACAGACAAAGCAAUCGAAUGGCUAAGACAGGUUAACUACACCAAGCCAUUUGUCCUUUACUUGGGAUUGAAUUUGCCACACCCUUACCCUUCACCAUCUUCAGGAGAAAACUUUGGCUCUUCUACGUUUCACACUUCCCUUUACUGGCUUGAAAAGGUAGCUUAUGAUGCAAUCAAAAUCCCAAAGUGGUUGGCUUUGUCACAAAUGCACCCUGUGGAUUAUUACUCCUCCUAUACAAAAAACUGCACUGGGAAGUUUACUGAAAAUGAAAUUAAGAACAUUAGAGCAUUUUAUUAUGCUAUGUGUGCUGAGACAGAUGCCAUGCUAGGUGAAAUUAUUUUGGCUCUUCACAAGUUAGAUCUUCUUCAGAAAACUAUUGUUAUAUAUACUUCAGACCAUGGAGAGAUGGCUAUGGAACACCGCCAGUUUUAUAAAAUGAGUAUGUAUGAAGCUAGUGUCCAUGUUCCUCUUCUGAUGAUGGGACCAGGAAUUAAGGCCAACCUACAAGUAUCAAGUGUUGUUUCUCUUGUGGAUAUCUACCCUACUAUGCUUGACAUUGCUGGAAUUGCUCUGCCUCCAAAUCUGAGUGGAUACUCCUUGUUGACACUGUUGUCAAAUGGAUCUGCAAAUGAACAGGCAUUGAAAUUCCACCGUCCACCUUGGAUUCUGAGUGAAUUCCAUGGAUGCAAUGCAAAUGCUUCUACCUACAUGCUACGAACUGGCCAGUGGAAGUACAUAGCCUACUCUGAUGGUGCUUCCAUGCAGCCUCAGCUCUUCGAUCUUUCCUUGGAUCCGGAUGAGCUAACAAACAUUGCUACAGAAUUUCCAGAAAUUACUUAUUCUUUGGACCAGAAGCUUCGUUCUAUUGUAAACUACCCUAAAGUGUCUGCUUCUGUCCAUCAGUACAAUAAAGAACAGUUUGUCAUGUGGAAGCAAAACGUAGGGCAAAAUUACUCAAAUGUUAUAGCACACCUCAGAUGGCAUCAAGAUUGGCAGAAAGAUCCAAGGAAGUAUGAAAAUGCAAUCCAACAUUGGCUCACAGCCCACUCCAGUCCACUGGCUAGCAGCCCACCCCAGUCCACCAGUAGCUCACAGCCCACUCUUCCCCAGUCCACCAGUGGCUCACAGCCCUCUCUUCCCCAGUCCACCAGUGGCUAGCAGCCUACUCCAGUUCACCAGUAGCUCACAGCCCACUCUUCUCCAGUCCACCAGUGGUUAGCAUCCCACUUCAAUCCACCAGUAGCUCACAGCCUACUCUUCUCCAGUAGCAUUAGACAAUAAUAAAACUUUCUCAACCUAUAUAUGAAUAUGUUGGUACAUACUAAACUGAAUCAGCCUUAACAAUUGUUAAAAUUACUUAUUUUCAAAAUAUGUACUAUAUAUUGCUUGCCAACGAAUACAGAAUUCAUAUUUUCAAAACUAGUUAUACUAAGACCUUAUUGUUGCAGACCUCUGACAGUUUAAUGUCAGAAGUAUUUAAAGAAUAGAAGCAAGCAUUCUUACUGUUUCCCUGGAUAACACAGAAUAUGAAAUAUUUUAACAACUAUCAGUUAUUAUUUAUGAAUCAUGAUGUCUCGUGACUGACUAGUUUUUUGGUAAAACUCUUUGGAAGUAUUUGAUGUGUUAGAACUAUUUAAUGGGACAUAGACUCUGAAUAUAGUUGAUUUUACUUUCUGUUGUUUAAAAAAAGGAAGAAAAAGAAUAUGAAGCCCCCUUCCUUUCCUGAUUAACUUCUUCCAAAGGACAACCACAAUCACCUUGCUUGUAUCUUUUUGUGGACAAGCUAUACAUUAGUCACCAACCAAAUGGAUAUAUUCUUUACACAUGCAUGCAGGCAUACACACAAUUGAUAAUGUGCUAUAUAGUGUUUCUUUUGGCAUAUUGUGUUCUGGCUGUUAUUUUCUAGUUCCAAUUAACAAUAGAUGCUGAGGAGUAAAAUUGCUGAACCAGAAUCUAUAAAAAUGUCUGUAGAUUUUCCCAAGUUGUUUCUAAAGAAGUGCCAGCUGUUGGCAUUCCCACCAAUAGGUAGCAAAUAUUUUAUUUUUAUUUAUUGAGUACUGACAUUUUUUCAUAUAUCUAAUAACCACUAAAAUUUGCAUCAGAACGACUCCCACUAUGUCUGUUGGCCAUUUUCUCUGUAGGUUGUUAGCAUUGUUAUUUUUUCUGUUACACAUAUGUUUUAGAUACUAGCCUUUUGAAAAGCAAAAGAGAAAAAAAGGACUUGCUACUCAUCAGAGGACUAAGGUCCAAGUAUUGGCACCCACACAGUGGCUCACAACUUGUGUGUAACUCCAAUUCAGGGGAGCUAGUGCUCUUUUCUGGCCUCCAAGGGUGCCAGGUAAACAUGUAGUACACAGACGAAAUGUAGGCAGGACACUCAUUCAUAUACAAUUUAAAAAAUAAUAAACAAAUAUAUUUUUUAAAAUACUGGAAAUAAUAUUUUUCUAGCUUGUCUUUUGAUAUUGACCUGGAGGAAAUAUGUAUU